AUGACCGACACCGAUAAAUUUCCCUUGCAACACGGACAGCAUAUUUUCAGCGUGUUCGGCGAGAAGCGCGUCAUUGAAUACAUCGUUCAUAAUACUCAAAAUACUCGGUUUACCAAACAACAUCCUCUUCUCGUCGUUCAAUGUCCUGGGUGGGGAUUAGCGUCUCGCUACCUUCAGGCUAGCUUGACAUCCCUUGCAGACCACUUCACCCUCGUCUUCCUUCAUCCCCGCGGUUCGGGAGCAUCAUCUCCCCCAGAUUCCUACUCAGAAAUGAGCUCAUGGGCAAUGGCAGAUGACCUAGAACGACUGAGGGUCCACCUUGGAAUUGUCAGUUUCCCAGCACUGUUUGGGCACUCCCACUCAGGCGCUAUCGUGCUAAGCUACGCUGAACAAUACCCUGAAAAGGUUGAAAGAAUUGUUCUGGUCGGUCAUCAGCUUAUUGGGUCUAACAUUCUGCCUCAAAUAGCUUCUUUCGUGCAUGAGCCAUGUUAUAAGAGUGCAUUUGAGGUAGUUAUGUCACCUGAUAUACUUACCGAUGAGGAGUUUACACUGAGUCUAAGAGAGCUUCUACCUCUCUACUUGAAGAACCCAAAGGCGCACUUACCAGUGUUGGCUGAGGCCCUUGGUGAAGACCAUCAUUCGGCCUGGUGUUACCAUGCGCAGAACAAGGCCGAUAGGGAGGCCGUGCAAUUGGAUAUGGAGAAGGACGAGAUACCGGUUAUGAUACGGCUGUUGAGUCAUGUGAAGGCGAAAGCCCUUAUCAUAUAUGAUAAGGAUGACAAUAUCUGUCCACUCAAAAAUGCGUAUACUACUGCAGAGGGUAUACCAGGGUCUAAGUUGGUGGUAUAUGGAGAUUGUGGCCAUUUCCCUUGGUUGGAAAAGCUAGAUGUCCUUCAGGAGGUGAAGACAUUCCUUUUGUGA